CCAAGGAGAGGAUCCUGCAAGUACAAGGUUGUUGUGGCCGCAUCCAGGUUCAGGACCCCACUUUGUCCGAGGAGGAGCAUCAGGCUGCACAGGAAGGGAGACAUGAAGGUCUCUGGUGAAAUCCUUCCUUUCCUCCCCAUCUCGAAUAAUGAUGGGGAGCUGGCAAUAGGGUUGCAAGGAUUAGUGGUUGCAAAGAUGCCACUUCCUUGGGGAGUUGCUUUAUGCUUGUUAAAGCUUCUUCCAGGAUGCACCGGCUUUUGUGUUGUUCUCUUUUGCCAAGUCCUCGGAGUAGCUUUUAGUGACCCAGCAGUUAUGAGAAGAUCCCAGCCCUUCCUACCCAUAGCUGGUGGAUGUGCCAGUAGAAAUCAGUAGCACAGACACAGCUUUUUUUUACUUAGCUUUGCAAAUCUCCGUCAAAAACAGUAUCUGCAAAUAUGCAAGGCUAGGAGUGUGUUUGAAAUGUACUUUGAAGGAAUUUUAAUGGCCCACAUGCAUCAUUUAUAUCAGUAAAAUGUAGAUCCCGAUCCCCUGAAUAAACAGGGUGAUUAAUCUAGUGCUAAAUUUUAAUUUACGCUCUCAAUCCAUGAGUUUUCCAAACUGUUUCAGUAACUCAACAAGCACUGUAUAACUUAAAAGCCUGCAGUUGCCACAUAAUCUAAUAAUACUAUUCCAGACCGCUACUAUUCAAGUUAUUCAGGAAAGUACACUAACCCGGGAUAAAAGCUGUGUAUCUUGCUUUAGCUUUAGCUCGCAGCAAAUAUGGCACUAAACUGAAGUCUGUAAGAGUAGCUUUGGUGAAUACGGAGGCAACACUAUAGAAUGACAGUAAUCUUGGUUAAAAAUGGUUAAUCUUCCCCUGUUGAAUAACUUCUGUUGCUAAUUAAAAGUCCUGAGUUAACACCAAAAUAAGGAUUUUAUUACAAUUGAUUUGAUUGCCUUUUACCUUCAAUUUAUGUGUUCAUGGUAUUGUCAGAAAUAUUACUGCUGAAGACACAGGUAUUUUUACCUUUGGUUUAAAACACUAACAGUAUUGAAAAGAGUUAUUAAUUUUUUAAAAAGAACUGUUUAAAUUCAGGAUCCAGCUCUGUUUUCAGCAGUACGAAGGAGCAUCAGUGAGUGCUGGUGCAGGUUCUGUUGCGGGACCCGUGACAAGCCCAUGUGCUACAUGGGAUUAGAGCAUCUCGCUGCAAAACUCCUGAUUUAUUUCUUUGGAAUAGCCUAAAAAGCUGGUGAAUUAAUCUAGCCUGGUAUGCUUAGUAAUAGGCUUUCCUUAAUCAAAUUUUUAUUGCUGAAAGCUGUAGACUAUUGUGUGGGAAGAGGUGUUCGCAAAUAAAUCAUGGAGGAUUACGAUUCUCUCCACUUACAUUAAAGGAGAAUUGAUUGUUUUCUGCAGCCUGCCUGAAACAAGCAGCCUUUCUUGUCCAGCAGCUGAGCUUUGAGUGUACUGGUAUGUAGUAAAUUCAGAGUGAUUGAGUGAGAUGGUUUCCACGCUCAUAUUUCACCAAGACAAGGCAAUGAAAGGCAACCUCCCAUUCCUGCAUUUCAUACUGCAUUCUGAACUGGGUUGGGAAAUCUAAGAAUAAAUGCUGGCCCAUUUUAAUGUCACCGGGGAAGGAAACGACUGCUGUGAUUGCUGGGAAAGAGCGAGGAAAAUCAAUUAGCCCAUGAAAUCUGGAGGGGUUAUCAGUUCCAAUAGGAACAACAUUGUCACAACCCUCCCUGGGGAGAUUUGUCCCAGGGGGACAAAACCAGGCCCUGGGUACCGUGCUCUAUGCCAGAGGUGGAGGGAGCAGAAAGCAUUUGCUUGCUCCAUCUCUGCAUUUACCUGGGACAGCCUGGAUUUGAGGCUGAAUUCCCAUUUCAGUGCAUUUCCAUGCGGGCACUUGCACACAUGCACACAUGAUCCCAUGCAGCUAUUUCUGUAAUUUCUCUUUUACCCUUUCUUAACUCCCACUGCAAGGAGGGCAGUGUGAGGCCAAACCGCACGCUAAAUACCAGGAGAGAAACCUGGACCCUGCUGAAACAAAUGGACAAAUUCACGCUGAGUCUGUUGGUACCAAAACAUGAUGCUGUGAGUUGAAAGAGGAGUGUCCCUAAAGCCCUGAAAACUGGUGUUGGGGGAAGAGCCAAAAAAGUCCCAUGUGGAGAACAGUGUCCCAGCCUGGGGAAGGCAUCUGGAUUUCCUCAGAUUUCAGUGUCACCUUGCUCCUUUCAGGGGACUUUGCCAAUCCCCCUGCUCCCCACACCGUGCAGGUUCUCAUUGGCCACGGGAGCAGCUGUUACACAAAUAAAACUGAUUCUCUCCGAAAAUAAGAUUGCCUUUUUCAAAGUGCCGUUGAGGGGGGGCCGUCCUGGGAGCAGGACCGUUUAUAAGGUAGGAGAUAGCAUGCACUGGUUGUUUAGUCUUCAGGUGGGAUAUUUGCAAUGAAGUCAUAGAAUUUAAGACAUACUGGCAAUACAGUUUGUCUCAAGGAAAGUUACUGUCUGUAAUGAAUGUAUAGCUGCAUGAGGACUAGUGUUUUUCCUCCCCUGUAUAAGAACUUGAAAUAAUUAAAUAACAGAAAGUGCAAUCAUCUCCCUGCCAUUUAAAGCUGGGAGAUUGGGGUUAAAUACCUGUUGUGAACUAGAAUAUCUAAAUACUAUAAUUUUAGGGACCAAAAAAAAGUGUAUUAUUACAAUGUUAUGAAGGGACACAUGCUAACAAUUAGUAGAUAUUUAGAUCCAAUUAAAUGUAGAUGUACUGAACGAGAUGUCAACUGCAGCAAAGUUUAAUUCUUCUUGUUUUGUGUCCACUGUGAAUCAUAAUUUUUCCUAGUGGGGGGAAUUCAAAUGAAUUAUUUUAGAACAAGUGGCGGUGAGCUAAUGUAAUAAAAAAAGUCCAAAAUUUCAAUUUUAUUAAACUGCAUUUAUAUAUUUAGGAAUAAUUAUUUUAGGAACAGUCUUGCCCAUUAUAAUGAAAAUCUGUUUAACAGUUCCUUUCUCUGAGCAAUUUAUUCUCUAAACAGACUGGUAAGGUAUAAUUUUUUUAUUAAUUAUGUUUUUUCCAGUAUUUGACAGCAAUACAUCAAUCUGGCUAUGUAACUGGAGAGUGUCUGGUUUUAGAGCUUGUUGCAGAGGUGGUUUGUGACAGCAAAACAUAGAAAUGGGCAGUUACGGGUUUAUUUCAUUAUCUGCAGCAGUGGCAAAACGCUCCCGCAUGAGUAUAUUCUUCAAAAGGAGAAUUAGGUGCCUUUUCUUCCUCUUCCUAGCAGCAGAUGACCCUCCUUCUCUGCGACUACGGCUGCUUGCCUGCUGCUGGCUGUAAGGUCUGGCUCCUCUCUGCCUGCCCGCACUGAGCGCUGCCCUCCGUGCCAAUCAUCCCGGAGUUAAACCCUUCAUGCUGCCAACAUGUGGAGCUCACCGGGGCCCAUCUCAGCACUCGUGAUGCUGGUUGUUGCUGCCGUGCAUGUGGGAGCGAAGGUGACCCCAGCUGUGAAGUACACGAAGCCGAAGCCCUUACAGCUGGCGGGUGACGGUGCCUCUCACACCCCCCUCACCCCCCUCACGGGGAAAAGCCCAUUCCCGGCAGCACCGGGCAGAGCCGAGUUACCCACCCUGAGCCCCGUGGCCCGAGGGGCCACCACACUCUUCCCCUUUGAGAACUACACACUUGACACAGCCGAUUUCUUCUUCAACUGCUGUGACUGCUGCCCGCCUGCCGUGGGGCCCCGGGGGGAGCAGGGACCCCCAGGUCCCAAGGGGGAGAAGGGAGAUGCUGGUCUACAAGGUCUGCCAGGUGCUCCAGGUCCUCAAGGUCCAAAAGGUUCUAAAGGAGAAAGAGGAGGCAAAGGGGAGCAAGGCGAGCGAGGAAUAAGUGGAAACCCCGGUUAUCCAGGCAAACCGGGGCUGCAAGGUGAAACUGGAGUAAAAGGCAAUAAGGGCAACUAUGGCUACCCUGGACUGAAGGGACAAAAGGGGUCCAAAGGGGACACUUGUGAGAAUGGGACCAAAGGAGACAAGGGAGACAGGGGGAAUGCUGGAGACCCAGGAGUGGAUGGAGAACAGGGUGACAAAGGGGAAAAGGGAGACACAGGGGAGAAGGGGUAUUGUGGGGAGCCAGGGGGGAGAGGUGCGAAGGGAGAAAGAGGGGAAGCGGGGACAAAGGGAGAAAAAGGGAGCAAAGGGGAGAUGGGGGUUGAGGGAAUUCAGGGGGUGGAUGGAAAGCAGGGAGAAAAAGGCGAGCGAGGAAGUAAGGGUGAAAAAGGGGACCUGGGACCUGCUGGCUUGAUGGGACCUUCUGGGCCCAAGGGGGUUGCUGGCAGCAAGGGAGGUCGAGGGGUCCCAGGAAAGAAAGGCUCCCGUGGGGCGAAGGGCGCCCGUGGGGACACCGCAAAGCUCCUGAGAUCAGCAUUCAGCGCCGGCUUGUCCAAGCCCUUCCCUCCGCCCAACGUCCCCAUUAGAUUUGACAAGGUCUUGUACAAUGACCAAGAAGAUUACAACCCUUCCACGGGGAAAUUCAACUGCAGCGUGCCUGGGGCAUAUGUCUUCGCCUACCACCUGACAGUGAGAGGGCGCCCAGCCCGCGUCAGCCUCGUCGCCCGCAGCAGGAAGAUGGCCAAAGCCCGUGAGACGCUUUAUGGCCAGGAGAUUGACCAGGCAUCCUUCCUGACCAUCCUGAAGCUGAGCGCAGGCGACCAGGUGUGGCUGGAGGUUGCACGGGACUGGAACGGGGUCUAUGUCAGUGCUGAGGAUGACAGCGUCUUUACAGGGUUUCUUCUGUACCCAGAUGUUUUUGAGAUCCUGCUAUAGAUUUAAAGGGCAAAGAUGUUGCUGAGAAACAUGCCUUUCCCCCUGCCUGUGAGAGGAGAAAUGAGCAUCAGUUUAGCAUAUUGGUUUAGUUGAUAGAUUUCAUGAUCUUUUAACAAAAAUAUUUGUAUUUGCAAAAUAUGGAUUAGUUUUAACUAGCAGCCCCAAGAAGCAGCACGUCCUUUGCGCAGGUGGGUGAUGGCAAAGAGAAACCAUUGUCCAAAUGCCAGCAGGACCCGCAAAGGGAGGGGAUUUCACAUCACAGGCUUCAGGUUUGUAAUUAGCCUAUUCAAAAUAUUUGAUGAAACUCAUUGUCCGACUGCAAUUUUAAUCAGGCCAGCUCCUGCAAUCCUUGGAUGGUCAAAACUCCUCUGGAAAUCAGUACUGAUAACCACUGGUUUGGGUAAAAAUUACAAACUUUGAUUUGUAGAGCUUAAUCAGACUUGUACAGGAGCAGUAGGUUUCUUGAAAUCACAUGAAAAGAUUUAAAGUUAUUUUAUCAUUGAAUCAGUAUUAUCUAGUACUUUAGACUUGGUCAUGAAUUAUAUAAAGGUUUGUCAAAAAGAGUAUUAGAGCUAUUUGAUCAGUGUAAAAAAACCCUAACUUUUGUCCUUAGGCAAAAAUAUAUCUGAAACUUUCAAAAGUAACUGAGAGAGAUGUAUAAUCCACCCUAUUAGGCUACUCAGAACCCCCUGGUUUCUGAGACGCUGGCGAUUCAGCUGAUGCUGCAGGGUUGGCUCUUGGCCGUGGGGAGGAGGAGGAGGCAGCCAGGAGCAGGCUUUGACACUCGCACGAGUCCUAAGGUGGUGUGACAGCCCAGCAGACGUGUGGGCACAUUUUUAAAAAGCCGGUUUACCAAAA